AUGGACACUCCGGACCAACCCGCCAGCGACAGCGACAAUACCAAAGUCUCCUCAGUCACCGAGACGGCCCCCGACACGCGCACUGUAAAGGAACUCAACCAGAGCAAGAUCAAAUCCUUGACGGAGGAGCUUGAACGCUUGCAGAAGGAACGCGACGAUCUCAAGGCCAUAUGCGACGUGCUGAGGGCUCGGAUUGAUUUCAAGAAGAAGGGAACCGCUCCGACCUCGGAAAUGGAUGACAGAAUGAGUGAGGCAUUGCAACGGUGGAUUCUUCUGAGUGAACAACAAUGA